ACAACAGAAUAAAUUACAGAGGGAAUGGCCAUCUCAGAUUGGCAUUCUAUUUGUUUUAAUAAGGGUUUUAAAUAGUUUUAGAUGUACAAAUAUUUAUGGAUUGAUCUACUGGCAAUCAGAUUAUACAGCACUAUCAAGGAAAUGAAAAUCCAGUUGCAACUUGUGUUGAGCACCUACCCUGUUGGAAAUAAGAAUAUUCUGAACUUUUGAAAUUAUUUGGGAGAGACAAACUGCAAUAGAGAUUAUUACAAAGCCUGAACCCAAACUCUAAACAACAUGAAUACAUCCCUUCUUUCCUCUUUUGUGAAUCAUUCUAUCUACUUGAAUUUUUCUCAGAACUCCAGAAUCCUACACUUUGAAGAUGAAGAUUGCCAUGUACCUUUGGCCAUGGUCUUCACCUUGGCCCUGGCUUAUGGAGCUGUGAUCAUUCUGGGAGUCUCUGGGAAUCUGGCCUUGAUUAUCAUCAUCUUAAAACAAAAGGAAAUGCGCAAUGUUACUAACAUCCUUAUUGUCAACCUUUCCUUCUCAGAUCUUUUAGUAACCAUCAUGUGUCUUCCCUUCACUUUUGUAUACACUUUAAUGGACCACUGGAUUUUUGGAGAGGCCAUGUGCAAGCUAAAUCCUUUUGUGCAGUGUGCCUCAAUCACAGUUUCAGUUUUCUCUUUGGUCCUGAUUGCUAUUGAACGCCAUCAGCUGAUCAUCAACCCCAGAGGGUGGAGGCCAAACAAUAGACAUGCCUACAUAGGAAUUGCUGCCAUCUGGAUUGUAGCUAUGGCUUCCUCGUUGCCUUUCAUGAUGUAUCAUGUAUUAACUGAUGAACCCUUUAGAAACAUAACAAUCGAUGAAUAUAAGGACAAAUAUGUAUGUUUAGACUUGUUCCCUUUCGACUCUGUCAGGCUUUCUUAUACCACAUCCCUUUUGGUGAUACAGUACUUUGGACCACUUUGUUUUAUAUUUAUUUGCUACUUAAAGAUAUACAUACGCUUGAAAAGAAGGAACAACAUGAUGGACAAGAUGAGAGACAAUAAGUACAGGUCUACUGAAACGAAAAGGAUCAACAUCAUGCUGAUCUCUAUUGUGGUUGCAUUUGCUGUCUGUUGGUUGCCCCUUACCAUCUUCAAUAUUGUGUUUGACUGGAAUCAUGAAAUUCUACCUGUUGCUACCUGCAGCCACAAUUUGUUAUUCUUGAUCUGCCAUCUCACAGCCAUGAUCUCAACCUGUGUAAACCCUAUUUUUUAUGGGUUUCUCAACAAGAACUUCCAGAGAGACUUACAGUUUUUCUUUCAUUUUUGUGAUUUCCGCUCCAGGGAUGAGGAUUAUGAGACUAUAGCUAUGUCUACCAUGCACACAGAUGUUUCAAAAACCUCCUUGAAGCAAGCAAGCCCAGUUGCAUUUAAAAAAAUAAAUAAUGUUGAUGAUGAUGAAAAAAUAUAAAC